GAAAGCGGUAGCCAGAAGAGAAGGUAGUGCUGCCUGACCUGAAUUUCUCUAGUGCAAGGUGUAGUGUAGAAUCAUGGGCAUCUUGCCGAUGGUGUUCUCUGUGUUGGUACUCGGGUCACUGGGAAAGGUAACAGCUCUGCCAUCUGGAGCUGUGACAAGCCAGCAGAGCUCUGAGGGGAACUGGGCACAACCAUCUCGAGCUGGUGGCAUGCUUGAUGGCUGCCCAACAAGCUGCGGCAGUGUGAGCUUCGGCUAUCCCUUCGGCAUCGGAUCAAGGUGCUCCCUUGAGCCUGACUUCGACCUCAUUUGCAACGACACCACUCAGCCCCCCAAACUCUUCUUGCGCGACGGCAUCACCGAGGUGAUCGACUUUAACCAUCCUUAUUGGAGUUCAGACAGGAUCUUGGCCUCCUUCUCCCAAACCAUCCCCAUUACAUAUGGUGUCAGUAUCUACAACUUGUCUUUGAAACCUCUUGGGAGGUCCUUCCAUUUUUAUUCAAUUGCUCUAAACAUCACCGGCUGUGACCUGGUGGUGUACUCUGUUAAAGAGAAUGACAUCCAGCCGAUCUGCGCAACUGUGUGCCCGGAUCCAGAAAUCACAGAGAUGAUGGCUAUGCAUACCUGUAAUGGCUUUGGGUGUUGUCGUGUAGACAUGGACAGCUAUGCCAACACUUAUCAGUUCAAACUUGUCUACGGUCAGAACCCAAAAAACACCAGAGUGCGCUCUAACCAGUCCUCUCAAUUGUGGGAUAAAAUCAGCAUAACUACUGAUGGCUUUGUCCUCUCAUGGGAUAUGGGGGAUCAAUCCGCCUGUGCUGCUUGUGUGAGCGAGCAUGCCGGGUGUGGCUACAGCUACGAUGCACCGUUUUUCAUGCCCUCGGGAAAUGGCUAUUUGUGCUUCUGCAAUCACGGCUAUACAGGCAACCCGUACAUUUCACAUGGCUGCUCCAAGGGCGACAAAGGAUAUAAUCCAACCCCAAGGAGGGCUGAUUGCACCCGUCAGUGCGGUAGCAUUAGUGUACAAUUCCCAUUCGGCUUUGAAGAGGGUUGCUUUGCCAGGGAAGAGUUUCACUUCAACUGUACAAAUACAACAUCAUCGGCUGUUUUUCUGCUGGACGAUUUGGAGUUAAUUGGCAUAAAUAUUGACGAAGGGACCAUUAAUGCCACCAUUGCUGACCAACAAUUGGCGUACCCUACGUCUGCUUCAGGACAGAACAGUCUUUUUUCUGCAUAUGUGUUCUUUCUCUCUAUCAAAUGGGUUGCUGCUAAUCUAAGUUGCGCAGAGGCCCAAAAGAAUAGGUCUGGAUAUGCUUGUGUGAGUAUCAACAGCAAGUGCGUGGAAGUAAGUGCUGAAAGGGUCUAUGCUGGUUACCGCUGCAAAUGCUUAGAUGGCUUCCAAGGAAAUCCGUACAUCCAAAGUGGUUGUCGAGAUAUUAAUGAAUGCCUUCAACCGAAGAAAUGUAAAGAGAUCUGCCAUAAUACCGAAGGAAGCUUCAGUUGUAUUGAAUGUCCUCGCAAGACUGAGUAUGAUCCAUUAAAAAUGCAGUGUACUAGGAUAAAACAACAGACUCUACUCGUAGGUAUAAUUAUUGGGCUGUCCUGUGGUUUCGGCAUUCUACUUCUGAGCUUCUGUGUAGUGCUUCUCACUCGCAAAUGGAAAAGGAAUGUUCAAAAGCAACUAAGGAAGUACUAUUUCCGGAAGAAUCAAGGUCUUCUCCUAGAAACAUUGAUAUCAUCUGAUGGAAGUGCAAAUGAAAAAACAAAGAUUUUCUUGCUAGAAGAGCUAGAGAAGGCAACAAAUAACUUUGAUCCUGCACGUAUCAUCGGACGUGGGGGUCAUGGCAUGGUUUACAAAGGCAUGUUAUCUGAUCAGCGUGUUGUUGCCAUAAAAAAGUCUAAGGUCAUUGAGGAGUGUGAGAUCAGUCAAUUCAUCAAUGAGGUUGCAGUCCUCUCUCAGAUAAGGCACAGAAAUAUUGUAAAGCUCUUCGGAUGUUGUCUCGAAACCGAGGUUCCACUGCUAGUGUAUGACUAUGUAUCCAGUGGCUCACUGUCUCAAGUUCUUCAUGCUGAUCCAAGUGAUGGUUGUUCUUUGUCUUGGAGUGAUUACUUAAGGAUUGCCCUGGAAACAGCAGGAGCUCUAUCUUAUCUCCACUCUUCAGCUUCAAUAUCAAUCUUCCAUCGUGACGUGAAGUCCUCAAAUAUACUCUUGGAUGUGAACUACACAGCUAAAGUUUCAGAUUUCGGCGCGUCUAGAUUGGUUCCGAUCGAUCAAACACACAUUGUCACGAAUGUGCAGGGUACAUUCGGGUACUUAGACCCAGAGUAUUUCCACACCAGACAGCUGAACGAGAAGAGCGACGUGUACAGUUUUGGCGUGGUGCUCGUGGAGCUGCUGCUCAGAAUGAAGCCUGUUUUUACAAGCGAAUCGGGCACAGUCAACAGCUUGUCAAGCUAUUUUCUCCAGGAGUUCAAGGAUGGGAGAAUCACAGACAUUGUCAAUCCCAAGGUCCUCGAGGAGGCGACCGAGGAAGAGAUCAACGGUGUCGCCUCUCUUGCAGAACUGUGCUUAAGGCUACGUGGCGCCGAAAGACCCACCAUGAAACAAGUGGAGACCGAACUGCGGACUCUGCGAGCAAAACGCGUGAACUCAUCCCAAGCAGAUCCAGGGAGUGAAGAGAGGAUGCCACCAAGGCCAAUAGCUCGAGGGACUCGAUCUUCUCGUCAAUCGUCUGCGAUGGAAUCAGGCAAGAGAGUCGUAAGGUCGGGACGCAGCGAACGGUCCUAUCGCUUGGAGGGAGACUGGGAGAGUUCAUGCCAUCUGCUAGCCGAGCACCACGCUUAGAUGAGUCUGUUCUGUCGAGUUUGUAAUGAUGGAUAAUUUGUUUCCCUUUUCUGUAACUGAUGCUAGGGCUUGUAUUACAGAUUAGUUAGAUUGGCGUUUUAAGUCACUUUAUGUCCAGAUCAUUUCAGGCACCAUGAUUAUAUCCGUUUUUCAGUUGGAAUCGUGCUUGUUAUAUGUAAACUGAUAUUAAUGAUGUGGUGUG